AUGACUGCGGAUGCACCUGAUAUGGCUGAGGAUGUUCCUGACAUGAUUGAGGAUGUCCCUGAUAUAGCUGAGGAUGCACCUGAGAUGACUGCGAACGUACAGGGUGCUGAUGGUGCUGAGGGGUCACAUGCUGAUGAUGCUGAGGGAUUCCCAGGUGGGCCACGUGACCCAUCAGUACUGACAUCAUUUGCGGACCAUGUUGCACACGCCGUUUGGAGUGGACAGGAACGUCCUGAUUUAAAGUUGGUGUCGCAUGGGAGGAAGGUGACAUUGAUUGGGAGGCCCGUGCCUGAGAUUGAAGGACUGGUUGGUGCCACAGGAUUAAGUCCACUGAUCGAUUGUUCAAUUGUUACUGGCGAUCCUGGACUUGUAUCCGCAUUUGUGGAGAGGUGGCACAGCGAGACCAACACCUUCCACCUUCCGGUAGGAGAGUUGACGAUCACAUUGGAUGAUGUGUCAUCACUCCUCCAUUUCCCUAUCACUGGCGCGUUGCACAACUUUCAUGCUCUUUCUGCGGAGGAGGCGAUCUUUUUGUUGACCGAGUUACUUGAGGUGUUUGUUGAGGAGGCUAGAGCCGAGACAACACGAUCACGUGGGGCAUACGUACGGCUGAGAUGGGUUCGAGACAUUUAUGAGAUGAGAUGUCAGGCCCGGCGGUGGAUUGUAGCAGCUCGUGCUUAUCUGCUGCACCUGGUCGAUUGCACUCUUUUUGCUAAUAAGAGUGAAACAUAUGUUCAUGUGGUGCACCUAGACGCUUUUUGCGACCUGGGUCAGAGUGAUGGUUAUGCUUGGGGAGUUGCCGCGCUGAUUCAUAUGUAUGACCAGUUAGAUGAGGCUUCUAGGACCACCACACGACAGAUUGCGGGGUACCUGACUCUAUUACAGUACUGGAUCUAUGAGCACUUUCCUAGUGUGCAUCAGUGCGUCACAUAUGAUGCAUACCAGGAGACGUCCCCACGCGCUUCCCGGUGGCUGACGUCGAAGGCGCAUAUGAAGGGAAUCACAGGAGCACCGUACAGGGCACGUUGUGAUGCUUUGACCAUCACAGAUGUGUCCUGGUUGCCUUACACUGAGCAUCAAGGGGUUAGGGCCUUUGAGCUGAUUUCAUCAUUCCAGGGUCAGCUGAGAUGGGGUCAUAUGGUGGUCACAGCUCGACCGGAGAGGGUGGUAUCUGCGGAUUACAUGGAGUGGUUUUUCUGGAUAUCUCACCCAUUCAUGAUACCGACCCAGGUAGGUGACCAGCCCAGAGAUGCACCUGCCGCAGACCCUGAGGAGUACAUGCAGCCGCCCAGCCCCCAGAUUCCAGUGGCAUUUGACCCCCCUCCACCUGCAGUGGAUGAUUACGAUGGCUAUGAGGCGAUUGCACAGAGGUUGGAGCGUGUGCUCAACCUUAGGAUGGUCGCUGCAAGCAUAGAGUUAUAUGAUAUUAUGCAGGAUUGCUUGACAAUCGCCAGAGGGGGAGCCAAUGCUGAUGGAAGUGUCAAGGCUCGACAGAGACGACGCAUAGAGCAUUGA